CAUUGACAUUUUUCACAUGCAUAGACGCAUGUAUGUUACACACAAACUCAUUUUGUGUUAGCUAGUAAUCGAUAUUUUGUAACCAAAAUGACAUAUAAACGAAAAAAGUAUCACCACGGUGACACCCACCUGAAGAAAAGGUGGAGAGUAAGGAAUAGAAAGAAGGAUCUUGAUCAAAUAGACGAAGAUAUCAAAGAAGAAAACGCCGAAAAAUUAUUAAAUCAGAGCGUGGAUUUAGACCUGCCGGGUGCAGCGCAACAUUACUGUAUACAUUGUGCAAGAUAUUUCAUCAACGAGCAGUCACUGAACGAUCAUUUCAAAACUAAAGUCCACAAGCGAAGGCUGAAAGCUUUAGAACUAGAACCUUAUACUAUUGAAGAGUCUGAGCGUGCAGCUGGCCACGGUAACUUCAAACAGCCAAGUAAAAGGAAAAUAGUCGGUCAAAACGUUGCGAAAUCGGACGAAGACGGUGAUGCAAUAAUAGACGACGCGACGCCCAGUAAAAAGACUAAACCCAACGAAAAUGAUGCGUAA